CAGCAGCUGACGGAGCUGUCAAAACAGCCGAGAGGACGAGAGCGUGACCGUGUGUUGGGCUGUAGCCAUGAGGACGACAGAGUUUGACUCCUCAUCUGAAGAGGAGGAGAUUGGAGAGGAGCAGCUGACGCCCUUCCGCAUCUCCUGGUUGCCUCUGUCCAUAGUGGAGUGCUCGCAGUUUCUUGGGAUAUGUGCACUGCCAGGCUGCAAAUACAAAGAUAUCCGCAGGAAUCUUGAAAGAGACGUCGAGGAGCUCCAGAACCAGGGUGUUCAGGAGGUGUUUGUUUUCUGCACCAGAGGAGAGCUUAACAAAUACAGGGUCCCCUCCCUGCUGGAGGUCUACCGGCAGCGAGGCUUCACAGUUCACCACACGCCCUUUCCAGACGGAGACGCUCCUGAGAUGGAGCAGUGCUGCCAGAUCCUGGAGGAGCUGCAGGUCAACCUGGAGAACAACAGGAGGACCGUGAUCCACUGUUACGGAGGCCUGGGACGCUCCGGAUUAAUCACCGCCUGUCUGCUGCUUCAGCUCUCUCUAACAAUGACGGCAAACAAAGCCAUUGAAAUCCUCAGGGAGCACCGAGGAGGAGGAGCGAUACAGACCGUGAAGCAAUACAACUUCCUCCAUGAGUUUCAGGAAAAAUACGCAGCCUAUCAAGAAAGCAGAGAGGUCCCCAUAGAGCGAUCAGUGUCUCGGUGAUCAACUGUCUUCAGAUCAGCGAGACGAGAAAAUAUCGAUCUCUUCAAACUCUCAUUUCUCAGCGAUGGUUUCCGGACUGUGUGUGAUUUAAUUGUUUUCUCUGAUUGCACUUUAAGCGAGUAUUAUAAUAUAUUGCUUUUUUUCAUCCUCAUUACAAUCAAAUUAAAGACUUGAUGAGGAAAUGGUGCUGGGGUGUUCAGUUUAAAUUUUUACGUGCAUUUCUGAUAAUGAGCUUUUUGUUCAGAAGGUUGAGGGCGUUAACUCAGAGGUUUUACUCUCGACCUUGAAUACUAUACUUAAAAAUAAACUGGAUGGGGGCUUUUCAGAUGUAAACAUUAUGUCUUGUCUCUAAAGCUGUAGCACUGUUGAACGGUGCUCUCCUGCCCCCAAAUAUUUCUAAUCGUUUUUAUUGGCCAGCCUGCUAACAUGGUCAAUAAAAAUGCAUGCUUUUGCGUGCUUGAAAACCUUAAAAGGUACUGAGUUAAAACAACAGUCCAUGAUAAGAGUGGGAUAGUUUUAUUUAGAUUCAAAUAAACUCAAGUUGUCAUUUCCUAGAUGUGACACGAUGGGAUCUAAUACAUAAAAAUGUUACCUGUGACAAAUGACCAUCCCUUUCCCUGAUAAAUGUACACACUUGAAAAUGGCAAUAAAUACUCCAGUAUUUAUGAAAACUUUUAUCUUUAAUGGCCUUGAUUCUAAAAAAAAAAAAAAAAAAAACCUUUCCAGAUUCGAUUUCUGGAAACGAGCCGACAGUGAGGAGUACUUGAUAUCUUGGAGACGAUUUAAAAAAAAAAAAAAAAAAAAAAAAGAAUAAAUAAACAUUGUUGAUGCUAAUGCUGGAGAACAUUUGGUGCUGAAAUGAACAAAAUGCACACGACAAAAACAGUUAAGGAAUUUCAAAAAGGUACAUUCAACAGUAUGGCACACCA